AUGGGCCUGCGCCGUACCGGCUCCAAAGUCUGGAAAGACAUCCGUGGUGUCAUUAGGGCAAUUGGGAGGAGCAGUCGCAGCGGCCUCGAAGCUUCUGCAGACUCGCACAUAGUCCCCGCGGACUCUACUAAAGCCUCUGUACUGACUAUUCCACGCCACGCCGAAGAACCUCCCAAACGCACCCCCAAAGGCAUAGGCGCCAAGGACCUCAUUCGGAAACUUAGGCUCAAUCCUGCGGCUUUGGACUCCAAUUCGACUCUAGUACAGCGAAGCCCUUUGAAGAGGGCACGGAGCUCGCUUCUGGUCUUGCACAGCGCCCACUCGAGCGACCUGGACACUCCACGUUCGUCUGGAGCAAGUGACAAGAUAUCGGCUGCGGGUGUCGAUUCAACAAGAAAGACGUCGGUCGACUCCCGUUCCUCACAAUGGAAUAAGGAAACUGCCAUUAGACGACACAGACGAAACCCAUGGACUCGAUCAAGUCCAGAAGGCCGCGCUCUUAGCACCAUCCCCGAAGCUGGUGUUGUACAAGCUCGGCCUACUAUUGCAACUGUCGAGAGAGCGUCUGCUGCCAAAAUAUUCCUCGAAACAUACUUCAAUGAGCUUCUCUACAAGCCCGAUACCCGUGCUCUAAGGCGGCAAUGUCUGGAAUCUCAGUUGUGCCACUGUCUCUACUUGACCCCUGACCAGAAAGAGGUGAUUCGAGCUUCCAACGACUGCCAGGAGACGUGGCAUUUGAGAGAGCUACGAGUGAUGAAGUCCAAAGCUAUCUCACAUAUUGGCAGGAAGGACGGUAACACGUCUCCCGACAACUACGAGCCCCUGCAGAUUUUGGGCAAGGGAAGCUUUGGAGUCGUGAGAUUGGUCCGUGAGAGGCCUGCUCCUGGGCAUGCUUUCCCAGGGCAGGUCUAUGCCAUGAAAGUUAUUCGGAAAUCCGAAAUGCUACGCAACAGCCAAGAAGGCCAUCUGAGGGCCGAAAGAGACUUCUUGGUUGCUUCCGAGGGCUCACAAUGGGCUGUUCCAUUGAUAGCCAGUUUUCAAGAUGCUGCGAAUCUUUAUCUGGUCAUGGAAUACAUGCCAGGCGGUGACUUUCUGGGACUGCUCAUACGCCAGAACAUCCUUCGGGAGCAUGUUGCGCAGUUCUACAUUGCCGAGAUGAUCCUUGCUGUGGAGGAAGCUCAUCGCCUCAACUUUAUCCAUCGAGAUAUCAAGCCCGACAACUUUCUGAUAUCUGCGUCUAGUCACCUGAAGAUAUCCGACUUUGGGCUUGCUUUCGAUGACCACUGGUCCCAUGAUGCUGCGUACUACAACAGUCAUCGAUAUUCUCUCGUCCGGAGACUGGGAAUCAAUAUCAAUGGAGACGAGGCUGAUCAGAAGAGCAGCAAAGACAUUCUGAAGCAGUUCGAAUGGUAUCAGUCUCUUGUAUCAGGACUUGACAGACAUGGAAAGUAUCCCCUGGCGAAGGAUGAGGACCUGCAGAGCCUCAUCGGCUGGAGAAACCGACACGGCAACCGCACUGCGGCGAGGUCGGUUGUUGGGACGAGCCAAUACAUGGCCCCGGAGGUUGUUCUUGGCCAGCAGUACGACGGGAGAUGGCGCAAGCAGACCAAACAAAACAUUGUGGAAUUCAAGAAUCACUUCUCGUUUCCGCAUCGGCCUGCGGUUAGCGAAAAAUGUAAAGAUCUGAUCUGCCGCUUGAUACAGGAGAAGGAGUACCGGCUUUGCUCGAGAAAGUAUCAGAUGAGAUAUCGCGCCCCGUUCGACGGCACUCGUUCUACAGAAUAUGUCGGACGUUAUGUCUUUGCCAAUGAUGCAGAAGACAUCAAGGCACACAGGUGGUUCAGGAAUAUCCCAUGGGAUCGAUUGCAGUCAAUGCCGCCCCCCUUCACUCCGCACCUACAGGGUGACGAUGACGCUCACUACUUCGACGAGUCCGAGCCUUUCGAAGACUGGUCCGAGUCAAUGCCCUCGGGCGUUUUCCUAAACUCGGAGGACGUGAGAACCCUGCUCUGUGGGUUCGAGACUCAUGUUCAAGAGAAGGCAAUGGAACUUGUCAAGACACCUUUUGACGCAGCCAAACUUCGAGGCAUCGACCGCGAUCUCGAUGCCUCCAAAGAACUACAACCCAACGAAAAGCUUGCGCUGAAGCAGUUUGUGAGAUUCUAUGGCCACAAGGAGCGUAGACGGCCACGGGACAUGCUUCUCCGAGACAAGGAUACCAGAAAGACAGUCAUGAAGAUUCGGAGAGAGACGGCCUUCAUAGGGUACACCUGGCGAAGGAUGAGGCCUGGGGGAUAUAUCGCUCUGAGACCGACGGAUUCAGGAAACGAGUUGGAACAUUGA